GGCUGCGUGCACGCACUUGGCAGACGGCGUCGAGGCGACAGGACGGGACGGGACAGGACAGGCGCUUGGGCUGUGGUCGCUUUGCCCUCGCACAAUAAGAUCAUUCCGUGGAGCAGGAGGAGGCAGGAGAACGGAGGGAGCCUGUGCGGCCGCUGAGAGCCUGUCUAGCGACAACAAACAAUGCAUGCCAGUGCCAGCGCCCUGCGGACCCUCAUCAAAGGGGGCCGGGUGGUGAACGACGACUGCACCCAGGAGGCAGAUGUCUACAUCGAGAAUGGCGUCAUCCAGCUGGUGGGCCGCGAACUCAUGAUCCCCGGCGGGGCCAAGGUCAUCGACGCCACCGGCAAGCUGGUGAUGCCGGGGGGCAUCGACACCAGCACCCAUUUCCAGGAGACCUUCAUGAACGUGACGUCCGUAGACGAUUACUACCUCGGCACCAAGGCUGCUCUUGUUGGAGGUUCAACAAUGAUAGUUGGCUAUGUAUUACCAGAUAAAGAGACUUCACUUCUCGAGGCCUAUGAAAGAGCUCGAAAUCUUGCGGAUCCUAAAGUGUGCUGCGACUACUCUCUUCAUGUUGGUGUGACAUGGUGGUCUCCACAGGUACAAUGUGAAAUGGAAGAACUAGUGAAUGACCUUGGAGUGAAUUCAUUCCAAACAUACAUGACAUACAAGGACCAGUACAUGCUGCGGGAUAAUGAACUAUACCAGGUUUUUCGUGCAUGUAAAAGUCUGGGAGCCAUCGCUUGUGUUCAUGCUGAAAAUGGAGAUCUUGUUGCAGAGGGUGCAAAAGAAGCUCUUGAAUUGGGAAUCACUGGGCCCGAGGGAAUAGACAUCAGCAGGCCUGAGGAGGUUGAAGCAGAAGCAACACAUCGUGCCAUUACAAUUGCAAAUCGAACCCAUUGUCCAUUAUAUUUGGUUAAUAUCUCAAGCAAAUCAGCAGCUAAUAUCAUUGCUUCUGCACGAAUGCACGGCAAUAUUAUAUAUGGAGAAACAACCUUGGCACACACGACUCUGAAUGGAUCAAGCUAUUAUCACCCUGACUGGUCUUACGCUGCUGCCCAUGUUACUGCCCCUCCUCUCCGACUGGAUGCUAGCACUCCCAACUACCUCAUGAGCUUGCUAGCCAGUGAUACUAUUAAUGUUGUUGCUUCGGAUCAUCGUCCAUUUACUAUCAAGCAGAAAGCUGUAGGAAAAGAAGAUUUUACCAAAAUUCCUCAUGGUGUAACUGGAGUGCAAGACCGAAUGACUGUCAUCUGGGAGAAAGGAGUGGUCGGUGGCAAAAUGGAUGAAAACUGUUUUGUUGCAGUGACUAGUUCCAAUGCUGCAAAAAUUUUCAAUUUGUAUCCCAAGAAAGGAAGAAUUGUUCCAGGAGCUGAUGCUGAUAUUGUUGUGUGGGAUCCAGAAGCUACAAGAACUAUCUCUGUGAGCACGCAAGUGCAGGGUGGUGAUGUGAACCUCCAUGAGAACAUGCGAUGUCAUGGCGUCCCACUGGUGACUAUCAGCCGUGGUCGGGUUGUCUACGAAGAUGGGAUCUUUACAUGUGCCGAGGGAACCGGGAAGUUCUGUCCACUUCGACCCUUCUCUGAAUUUGUGUAUAAAAAGCUGAUACAGAGGGAAAAGAGUCUGAGUGCAAAGCCUGUGGAUCGUGCUCCAUAUGCAGGUGAUGUGGCGGUUGUACUUAAUACAAAAAAGGACAUGUCACUUCAUUCAGAACAAUCUCGUGUUACAACACGCCACAGUGGAGCGAGGGACUUGCAUGAAUCCAGCUUCAGCUUGUCCGGAUCCCAAGUUGAUGAUCACCUGCCAAAGCGCCCUGUAUCUAGAGUUCUGGCUCCACCUGGUGGUCAUUCUAAUGGCAUUUGGUAAAAGAAUUGCAUGCUGCCAACUGAAACCAACAAGUGAAACCAGAAUACAAAUGAAUAAACUCGCUACACACUGGGAACAUCUACAACAACCUCAGUAACACAGUAUUGACAUCUUAGGAAUGAACAAACAUGCAAUCUUUUUUGUUGUUUUAAGGCUUUUGCAAGAUGCGUGGAAUAUUAGAUCAUCACUGCAGGAAUUCGGUAACACCUGAAAAUUGUCUGUUAUAAAACUCAGAGAUCCAUUGACCGUAUUUUCAGCUCGGCUGCUGUGCAGAAAGUCCAUAAUUCUGCUGUAAUAAAUUGUGCACAAGCGAAAUGUUUUGUGUGUGCAUGAUGCAAUCGUACUUCAUAUCCUGUACAGGUUCCAUAAUUCGUUACUUCCAAAAAUUGUUGAAUACUUUGAAGGCAAUAUUUUAAAGUGUAUUAAUAUUUAAUGUCUCAACAUAAAUCAUAGUGUAAUUUAAGUUGGUGCACACUCGGGUUUUUUAAAAUACCAACAGUAUAUGCUGCUCUCAAUUUGAAAUUGACUGUUUAAACUGAUAAUUGUAUUUACAUAUAUCGAUUUUGGGCCGUUUGAUCAUCAUUUUAGGAAACAAAUAGAAAAUGUCAUAGUAGGUUCCUGAAUGUUAAUUAUAUAUAAUGUAUGCUACUUAUUUGUUGCAUAGAUGUCACUACUUAGUUUAUUUGGAAUGAGUACUAUUCUCCUUUUUAGAAGGUACAUCUUAAGUAUUUUGUGGCCAUUUGAGCAAAAUCAAAUAUAACUAGAGAAUUUUCAGUUAUUUUCCAGAAUUGUGGUUUAUGUGACUUCAUCACCUUAAAGGAUCUGUGCUUUACAUAUUGUGAAUGUAUAAUCCAACAAGGCAUUUGCGAAGAAUAUCUUUAUUUGGUGAAAACUUGAAAUUCAUUACCUCACACAUGCACUGAAGAGGAAUUGUACGGAGGAGAAAUGAAAUUGGAGAUUUACCUGAAACAUGAAAAUCAACGUAAUGAUAAUGGGCUAUUACUGUGCUGUAAUAUUCCAUGCAACUAAGCUAUCUGUGUGGUUUCCAAGUUGACAAUGUGAUUAUACUGUACACAAAUUCUUGAAGUAACUAAUUGAUGGUUGCUCUUUGAUUGUCUUCUUGAAGUAGAAAUAAUCUAUUUACAUUGAUGACACCAUUAGUUCCACCAAUUAUUCCAUAGCGCACACAAUUCUGUAACUCUUUUCAUGUAUAAUACCUUGAAAGUUAUGAAAUAUGACUUUCAAAGCUCAGUGGUUAUUUCAAGAAACGUGAAAUUUGUGAAAGCUUUUCAUCUAAAUUUAAAUAGUGGUGCCCGACCUACGACCACACAUACCCCUUAAAUAAUUUAAUCUAUUAUAAUUAAGCUACAUGUGUUUUACAUGUUUGCCUCAAUUAUAAAAAGUGCACAAAUUAAUGUGCAUUCUAAAGCAAAAUUAAAAUGAACUAUUAUACUUUUAUUGCAUAAAAGGCCCGAUUUGCUUGGAAUUUCACAGAUUUUGUUAAAAAUUUGUACCUUAAAUUAUAGAUUGCAGUUAAUAAGUUUUUACCUUGACAUUCGUCUCCUCAGUCCAUUUCCGUAUUUUAGUUUCGAAGAUUGCAUGCAGCAGACUCCUGUUGAUAAAAAGAUCUAUUGAAAAAAAUGUAAUUCCAAGCAGUGUUCUGAGGUUGAACUUGGUUGUAUUUGAUUUUUUUUUAAUGAUAUUAACAAUAUAUUAGGCCAUUUUUCCUAAAUGAACUAUAUACUUGCAUCUUUGGUAUAUUUUGAGUUUCGAUUAUUUUCCUCUUUCCAGGAAAAGGCAUUGCAGCAGACUUUAAAGUUAAUCAUUCGCAUUAAUGGAAAAAUUAAUAAUUUGCUUUAAUGAAGCAAGCUAAAAAUUGGGGAAAGUAACUUUCUUAUUUGUGCCAUAACAUCUGUUUUAAAUUGAUUUGCAUUUGUGCAAUGCUGAGUUAUCAUUUGGCUUAAAUAUUUCAUAAAUGUGCAUGUAAUGUUUAUUGCAAUUAUAAUAAUAAGUGGAAUGGUUCUUUUGACUUCUGUCAAAGUAAGGAUUGUGGCAAAUGACUGAGGUGUUAUCAAUACCCCUUGUUGUUAGGUUUAAAAAAAUCAAAUGGUCAUUUUAAUUUUUUUAACAACAUUUAUGGUCUUUAUUUUGUAAAGUACAAGUUUAUGAUUUAAUCAAAAUUUAAGGUGACCUUUCCUACUGCGGGAUUAUAUGCUUUAAAGAAAUCCCAUGUUAUUUAUUUUUCAUUAUAACAAUACACUAUUAUCCAAAGCUGAGCAGAAUUGUUGUAAUUUGGUCAGACAAAUGACAAAUGCAAUGAAUUUUUGUGUAAUUAAGGAAUGAAUUUACUUCAGUGUCCAGAAUUAACUUUUAUUAGUGAGUGAAGUUUUAGGAUAUUGUGACAUAGUGGGGAAGACAAAAUUAGGCAUGUAGUGAGGCCUGUAAAUAUGUUGUCUGUAAUAAGCACUGAUGAUUACCAUAGGAUUUUGUCAACAUGGAUAAAAUUUAUCAUCAUUUUAAUAUACAUUAUUUAUUAUUUAUAAAUAAUUUGAUCUUAAAUUCAGGCUGCUAAAAGUAUUUUAUUUGUUCCACUGAAAAUUUAUUAUCACUGAGCUGAUGAUCAUAGCCUUAAUGUGCUGCUGACAUGGACAGCAUAGGUUUUGUAUGUGUUGUGCCAAAUGUACGGAAAACUAGUUUCAUUACAGCAUUGCUGCCGCCUUAUAAUUGAUCUGUCAUAUGUGAAGGAAGCAGAGAAACCAUGUUUUCCCUGCUUUACUUCAAGCAUUAAAUAAGUGGCAUUUUUCACAAUGGUAUUUAAGAGAAGUUACCAAGUUGCACCAAAAAUGCAAGUUUUUUUAAAUCUUGAAAUUAGAAUAGUCAAUAGAAAGGUACAGGGCCAGAAGAGACUAUUAAAAUCCAUUAAGUCUCAGUUAUCAGAUUACAUGAUAUCUGCUAAACCCUGAAGAAACAUUUUUUAAUCAAACAUAUAUACAAUGUCAGUAUUUCUCAGAUUUGGCUGAAAUGUUGAAAUACAGUAGAUAUUCAGCAAAUAAAUUCGGUCAUUUAAUCUGAAGACAAAAUUCAAACUGCCUUUUAAAAAAAUAAAAAAAUAAACAAGAACAAUAUUUUGUCUUUUAAGUGUUUGAAUAAUUUUUUAGAUAACCAGGUUCUGCCACAAUUUGUGUUGACUUAUCAGGCGUGUUUGUAUUAACCUGAUUCCAUUCAGUUUACUUUGGGGGAAAUUACUAGGAAUGGAUAAGAUUGUUUUCUGAGCAUGCAGAAGAAAAAAAAUGAUAAAGCAAUAUAAUUUGGUGGAACCUUUUUUAUGGUUUCAACAAGCCUUAAGAUUAGCUCUGAAGAAGGGUUGCGACCUGAAACGUCACCCAUUCCUUCUCUCCAGAGAUGCUGCCUCUCCUGCUGAGUUGCUCCAGCAUUUUCUGUCUACCUUAAGAUUAGCAGGGUCAUUUUUACCUAACCAUUGUAGUUCUGGUUAAGGGCAUGAAGCUUUCCUAUCUUCUAAAAUGGAACAAUGGCCUUAAGAAUUGAUGCAGAUAGUCAUUAAAUUUAUAAAAUAGAACAAUUGAUGUGUGCUUAAUCCAAAUCCACUUGUUCUAUGGCUUCAAAAUCAAUUUGAAAAGUUUCCAAAACGUGAAAUUGUGUUGUGAAGAGAAAUGAACAGCUGCUUGCCAGAGACUAGUCUGAAGUGCAUGGAUAACUAACAUACACCUUCAGAUUAGUUGUUAAAGUGUGUUCGCAGUUCAGCCCUCUUUAUACGCAUUAAAGGUAUCCACAAGCAAUGUGAAUGUUAAUAAAAUAUGGACACUCCACCUGUUUUUCUAGAUAUUUUAAAUGCAAGUCACAGAUAAUAAGAGGCAAAGGUCUCUUCAUGAAAGUUCCAAAGAAGCACUUUUUUUCGCUGAAAUCCACAAUGUAGCUAUAGGCUGGAGACUUAAUUACGACACAGCAUAUGUUGAAUUAUAGUCAUUUCAAAUUUGCAGCCUUUUCAAGGAGUUAUCCCUCCAGGUGUUUACUAUCCUUUGAUUUUCAGCUCAAGCAGGAAAGAGACAGUUAGCUUAGAAAUAGCUGAAUUACUAUUUAGCAUUAUUAUUUAUAUGGAUGAAAAAUUAAUGUUCACAUUUUUUAUUGUAGCUUCUAAUCCUUUAAAUUGUUUGUUUUUAACAUUGUGCUUUUCCCAUGUUAAUUAAGGGCUAUUCGUCUUUUGGGGAUUCAUUGAGAAUCGCCUAUUUGUCACUUCCUGCACUUAGAAAUGAUUCUUUACCAUUGUGGGAUUUUUGAUACAAUUGAAAUGUUCUUAUUUCUUCAAAAUAUGAUGUCUAGGCCCUGUUUUUGUUGACUUCCAGGAAAAUGUUAAAAUCAGUGUUGGUUAAUAAUGCCAUGCUUUGUUUACCCAUGAAGUGGUCAUCCCUGUGAUUGCAUAUUUGUGGUAUGUUUAUUUCCAUUGUUAUUAAAAAACAAAAGAAAUAGUGAGACUUGUUUAUCACAAAAACAUUAAUGUUGAAUACCUGAUUUAAUAUAAAGAGGGGCAGAAUAUGAAGGGAAAUUUGUGCAUUUUGCAGCACAGUUCUAAAUGCAAUCAACAAAUUAGUCUCCACAGCUUUCUGAGGUAGAGAAUUCCAGUGCUUGACCAUCCUGAAGAAAUUUUUAUUUCUGAGUGCUAAAUGGCCUAUCCAUUAUUUUAAGACUGAUCUUUAUUCCAGGCACUUCAGACAGAGGAAACAUCCUCCAUCUUUCUAGUCAAGCACUCCAAUCAUUUUGUAAGUUUCAAUUAGAUCUCGCAUCUCAUUCUUCUGAAUGCAAGGGAACCGAGUUCUAACCUAUUCAAACUGUCCUUGUGUAAUAGAUCUGUCAUUCCAGGAACUGGUUUAGCUAAUCUAUGCUGCAUUCCCUCCAAAGCACAAAUAUCCUUUGAUUGGAGAGAAAAAGACAAAUUUGUACACAAUAUUCCAGAUGUUCUCGCCAACCCCUAUGACAUUAUAGGAAGAAAUUAUUGCUCUUGUAUUCCAAUCACCUUAUGGUAAAAGCCAGCCUUUACUUUCCUAAUCGCCUGCUGAAUCUACAUGUUUAGUUUUGUUUAUUGUCAAGUGUAGAGCGAAAAGCUUUUUGUUUCAUGCCAUCCAGUCAGAAAAAAGACUAUACAUGAUAAAAUUAAGCCAUCCCCAAUGUACAGAUACAGGGUGAAGGGUAUAACAUUUAGUGUUAUCUUUAAUUAAAUUGUGUCCCAGGUUCCUUAACAUUAUCUCCCUAUUUCAUAAUUUAGAAAACUAUUCAUUGUUUUCUAUUGAAUGAGAUAAUUGUGCUCCAACAUAACUCUAAGCUCUAUCAUAAUUUUCAUGAAUUUACAUUGCAUCCCUUUCAAAGUCAAACUGUCUUCUCUGCAUCUUAGAAGUAAAGAUCAACUUUCCAAAAGCUAUUUUGACUUUCAUUUGUAUUAUGUUUUUUUAACAGUAAUUUAUUUGCAUACUUCUAAAUCCCUUUACUCCUGUGCAGCAGCCAGCCUCUCUCCAUUAAGAAAACAUACUUUGUUUGAUCUGAAAUGAAUGAUUAUGUAACCAAAGAAUGAUGUUUCAAGGAUUUGUUCCCAUAUUCCAAUAGAGAAAUCACGUGCUGCCAAGAUGUUUAAAAGAAAAAGUGUCCUGCUAUAACAAUAACAAAAAUAACUUCUUUAAAAUUGACUUUCAAUCAGUCUGCAAGCCAAGAGCAGAAUCAUUAUGGGAUUUCCCUAAACAUUCUCACAGUAAUGGUGGAGGCCCGAGGACAACUUUGUUCUAUAGUUGGAAUCCUUGCGUGCACUAAGAAAAAAACUGAGAAGGAUACAUUUAGGAGUAAUAUACUUUCAUCCAGUUAUCUUGGUUAAUUAGAUUUUUAAACAUUUGAUGUUUUAAUAUUUACUCAAGGGCUACGAAUCCUGCUCUUUUUGUGAAAUUAUGUACUUGAGUCAUGGGUUCCUGCAAAUUAUUGAUCUGUAAAGUUUGAGUAUAUAUUUUGAUUUGAAAAUAAUUCCAUCUUGCCUCAUUUUCAUCCUUAUUUCUCUCCAUUUCUUAUAUUCCAAUCCACCAUUCUCCAAUAUAUAUUUUUUUCCCCUGAGUCCCCAUCUUCACUUUUAAUUUGAACCUGGUCUUCCAAUUUCAUCCUACUCUUCCCCCAAGCCGCUCUUCUAUGAGUUAAUAGGAAUUCCUGAAAAUUCACAGCUUCCAAUUCCAGGUACAAUUUCACAAAUAGCUUUAGCUGUAAACUCUCCCAAAAUAGAAAAAUGGUUUCCUACUUUGUCCUUUUAACAUUUUUAUAGAUUUGAUAAUGUAUUAAAAAAGUAAGAAAAAUAUGACGUUAAACACUCAUGGUUUUAAGGAAGUAUAUAUUUUUUAAAUCAAUUGUGGUUCUAAAAGUGGAGACACGAGGAACUGCAGGUGCUGGUUUGCAACAAAAAAAAAGACGUAACUUAGCGAGUUAGAUAGCAUCUCUGGAGAACAUGGAUAGGUAACAUUUUUGGUUGGGACCCUUCAGUCUGUAUUUCAGGAUGCUGAGUGACUCCAGCAUUUUGUGUCUUUUUCUGUUUCCAAAAGUGAUUGUCUUUUAGCUUUCCUAAUUUCUGCAUAAUAGCCAUUCAGGUUAUAGUAAUUUCCCCUUGGAGAAUUCACAAAUCACCAGUAAAUUUUUUUUGUGGAACUUUUAAUAAACAUUCCUGUCGCUUGGCCAGAAAAUUAAAUAAUGAUAAUGAUAUGAAUUUCACCCUUGUGUGAUUUAUGAUAAGUAAAUAAAUAAACACUUUUUAAACUUGUUUCUUGAUGUAUCUGCAGAUGACUUAGCUACCUGUUAUCGAAAAUCGCAAUAAGAACGGUUUUCCAGGAAUGCAACCCAAAUCUAUUAGAAAAACACAUUUCUCAGUUUGUCUUCUAACUCUCAGUAACCAUUCUAAAUUGGUAGCUCAACUUUAACUGCCCAACCUAUGCAGAUAGUGUUUCCUUGUUCACAGUGUCAAACUAUCUUAUUAAAUCUCUGAUCUGAUAUAAUCCAGUUAAAAUCGUGUUAAUACCUCAGACUUGUUCAAAUAUUGCAUUCAACUACACCUUGCCAGUUUGCAUUGAAUAGUUGAGGACUUGAAAAUCAAACCCUUUGAUGACAACUAUUGACACACAAAUUAAUAUGUAAUGCAUUACAGUUGUUAGAAUGGUACAAAGGAAUUGUACAAAGGAUCAAUUCUAAAAGCAAGUUUUUCAAGCAGGUUCCUGGCUCAAAACAUCACCUCUCCAUGUUCCCUGGAGAUGCUGCCUGGCCUGUUGAUUAACUCUUGCACUUUGUGUCUUUUUUAGUUUUAAAAGCAACCUUGGUUCAAGUUACUUGUAACACAAUUGAACAGGUUUAAGAACUAUAUUUAAAUCUUGUUAAGAGCACAUAAUUUAUUUGGUCUGCUCAGGAACUUCAAAAGGUGCUAAUAUAAUUCAUCAUUGUAAUAGGAAAUGGGACACAGGUGCUAAAGCAAAGAUGAAGUCACAUCCCAAAUACCAAAACGGAUUUUCUCAAAUAAUGAUAUCUCUUCAUACAAUGACAAAAAAAGUUUUCAGAGCAGUCCUUAACUUUUACUCAAAACAGUACAUCAGAACUUUCUGGAUGAAGGUUAGUUUCUGUGAUUGACAUGACUUGUUAAACCUGGUGAUGAAAAAACUAUGUAAAAAUAUUUAGGCAUACUUAGAUAAUUAGCCAACAACAAAACGGAUUGAUAUAAAAACAGCCUGUAAUUUUUACAAUGUCUACUUUUUUCAAUCAUUUUCACCCUCUUUGCAAGAAAUAUUAACUUUAUAGCAACAUUAAACACCUUAAGGUGAAAGAUUUCAACAAAAAGCAUGCAAAAGAGGGGAAAUUAAGUUUAAGUUUUAAUUUGCAUUAUACUUUCAUGAUGGCCUAAUUUGUGGAUUGUUUCAGGAUAUCAGUAAUGAUUAUUAUGAAACCAGAAAUUUUGGAUUCAAAACUAUGUCAAAUUGGAGAAACACCUGGACAUAAUAUUGGAAAAAAAUUUCUAUAUAUAUGUUUAAAUAUAUUAGUAAAACUAAAAUGUGACCUAAUUUAUGUUCUCGAUAUCUUAUUUUAUUAUUUCUGCACUUAUUAUUUGUGAACACUAUAAUUGACAUAAGAAUGUGGUAUAUGUGGACUAAAAUGAAUGGAGAUUAACAGUUGUAGUUUCUGUUGUAAGUGUUCUACAAAUUAGGCCAUUAUGAAACUAUAAUGCAAAUUAAACUAAUUUCCCCUCUUUUGCAUGCUCUGAGCAAAAAAAAUACUUCCUUUGCCUUGUCAUUAAUAAACACCUAGUUAUUCUGAAGCUUUAUCCCCUAUUUCUAAGUAAUACCAGAAGAAACAAUGUUUAAACAUCUACCAUUUAAAAAAAAAAAACCUUGAGGAUUUUAUGUUUCAGUAAAAUCAUCUCUGAAACUUCAAUAUCCCAAUAUAUAGGCCUACCUUGUUUAAUAAUGGUUCAUAUGUCAAGCCCUUCAUCCCAGUAUACAACCUAAUAAACUUUGCUUUGCUUCUGAUUCAAGGAUACCCUUUCUGUAAUAUGGACACCAAAACUGUACAACAUAUUCCUUAUAUGGUUUGCACCAGCCCUGAGAGGUUGCAUCAAAAUUCCCAACUUUUGUACUGCUUACCCCUCGUAAUCAAGGCCAAUAUUCAAUAACCUUCCUGAGUAGUUUUACCUGCAUACUAACUCUUUGUUAUGAACUAGGACCCAAUUCUGUUGUACUACUACAUUUUAUUGUCUCUAACCAAUAACUUUUACAUUUUUUCCUGCAAAGUACAAAACCUAUCAUCUUAUUUCAUGAUAGUUCAUUUCUCAACACUUUGACUGCAAAUUGUUUAAUUUUAUCCUGUACAAUGGAUUUAAAGUUGAUUUUUUAACCAAUUUUAAGGUCUAUAUCAACAUUCGUUAGUGGUUGCUUCAUUUGUUUCAACCGUGGGGAAUUUUUACAGUGACUGCAAAAUCUUAAUGUUAACUCUGCACUAUAAGCUUAACAAUUUUAGGCAAAUGUUAUGAGCUAUUAUGUAUCACAUAAUACUACUUUAGAUUUUCAGACUAAACCAUUUGUGUUUUUGUUAUGACAUUUUCCACUUGGAACCAGUUUGUUAAUUUUCACAUUUUUAGCAAUACUUCAAAAAUGCACCAUUUCCAAUGUUUUUGUCAGUGGUCUCUCAUAGCUACAGCUAUAUUUUAGCCAUGUUGGAUUUUAGGAACCAGGUUAUUUAAACCAUGUAUUGUUUGAGCAAAUUUCUGUUCCUUUAGUUGCUUUGAAGAAAACAUGGAAAACCACUCAACUAGGAUUUUGCGUAGUGAUUAAAAAAUGGGAUGUGCAGAUUUGCGUUUUUGUACUGUAAUGCUGUGGAGAAUUACGCCUUUGGCACUCUGUAGAAUAUUGUAGAAAACUAAAAUAUUGUUGUCAUUGUUAAGAAAGAAAACAUUUUGAUUUGAAAAAAAACGUUUAAUUUUACUUGUGAUAACUAAGCUUUUUAUAGUUAUUUCAUUGUAUUUGUGUGUGUGUAUACAUAUGUUUGUGAUAUUUAUGUAAAACAGUAUUAAACUUGUUUUGGAAUGUA